AUGGCUUGGUGGUGCUUCCCAACCCUUCAGCAGAAGUUGGGUUCCUGGGUGCGGCGCGGGCGAAGAGUCCUUGGUCUCGAUAGCCCCAAGAAAGAUCUUAUUCCAGAGGUCAGAAUUGAAUCCCCCAAGGAGUCCAUGGUUCCUUCGUCCGGGCAGGGGAGCGUCCGGAGACCCUCGCCAAGCCCACCGCCCCCCGGAGGUCUUCAAGUAGAUCAAGAUGGGGAUUCAAGAUCAGGUGCAGAUGAGCAAUCGCGCCGACUCAAAGUUCUAUCAGUUGCAAGCUCGUCAUACCACGCCGAUUCCGACAUAUUCACCCUGAAUCAAAACAACAAGACCAUGUCCGAGGCGGGAGACCAGGACAGCGAUUUCGUAUCCCAUAAAGACACUGGUCACGAAUCGACAUUACGAGAAAAGCUCUGCGAGGUGAGGAUCGAGGCGCCGCAGAACAGCCAUAGAUACUUCAUUCCCGCAGAUGAUCAGAAACUUCUGGUGACAGCUGAUUCGGUAUCAAUGGAGCUGGAAGAACGGGGCAAGAGUGAGGAUGUGGCCCGCUCCACUUCCGAAAACAUCAUGAAUAGCGCGCCGAAGCUCUUUGCCAUCUUAGUUUACCUGAGACACGGAGAACUCAUACUCGACUUUCUCGAAGAAGGCAUCGAUGAUACGCAUCUGCCAUUUAUUCGAUCGGACAAGACCCCAAGGGCGAGGGAUUAUAAGCUGUGCAGCCGGCAUCAUCCAGGCCAGCCACUCAAUUGCAUGGAAAGAUGGGACCGUGAUUUGGUCGAUGAGUUUGGGCGAGACCAAUGGUGCAUGUUGGCUCCAGUCUUCGAGUACCAUGACGGAAUCGCACACUAUGACCUGCAUGACAAUUGCGUACUGCCUUGGGUUGAAGACGAGGAGCGCGGUGAUAGUGCCAUGGUGGGUGGGUAUGGCUCUGUUUCCAAAAUCGCCAUCCAUCCAGCUCACCAGCGAAUCGUCGGAAAUGCCAAUCAAAUGUCCUUGUCACAAUUCGUCGCAAUCAAGCGACUACAUUCCAAGAAUGAAUCAAACUUCAAGGAAGAAGUUGCCAUGUUGAAAAAGCUAAAGAAACGGAAACAUGCCCACCUCGUCAACCUGCUUGCGACGUAUCGUUACAAGAGCCACUUCUACUUGAUUUUCCCUUACGCACAUUGCAACUUGCGCCAAUACUGGCAACACACACCGAAUCCAGACUUCACCCAAGCCACAGUUUUCUGGAUGUUGCAGGAGUGCAGGUUUGUGGCUUCUGCUUUGCACAUGGUCCACGAGUCGAGAUCCACUCGGGAAUUCGCCGUCUCUGCCAUUGAAUCGAGCGGUUCUGGGGUAGGCAGUUCGCAUUCGGAAGAUGAAAAUCAAACUCGAAUCUACGGCCGCCACGGUGAUAUCAAAGCUGAGAAUAUCUUGUGGUUUGAGAAAAAUGAUGAUUCGCCUGGGGUGCUUGUUGUUGCCGACUUUGGUCUAAUGGCGUUCCACACGAAAGACACCAGGUCGGACGUGCCCGCAAAACACAUCACCGGGUCGCCAUCUUAUGAACCACCAGAAUGCUUCCUCCUUCAUUCUAAAAUCUCUCGUGCGUUUGACAUCUGGAGUCUUGGCUGCCUUUACCUCGAAUUCGUCACGUGGCUUGUCUGCGGAUGGAAACAUCUUCAACGAUUUCCUAAAGUGCGUGAAAUGAGAGGACCACCCGCACCUGAAUUUCUUGAUGACACUUUCUUCACCAUCAACGAAAGCGAGAACCGAGCGGUGGUUCGACAAUCCGUGAUAGAUUGGAUUGCAGAUCUGCACGAGAUGCCACGCGCCUCAGCUUUUGUUCACGACUUCUUGGAUCUAAUAUCAAGCCACCUCUUGUUGGUGAUUCCAGGAGAACGAAUUCGAAUAGGCCAGUUGAAUGAAGAACUAUCCGACAUGUUGAAACAUGCAUCGAGUGACCCUCUUUACCUCACGGACCCGAAACCAUUCCCACAACGAACUCAGCAGCCACACCCACAAAGUCUAGCAGCUUUUCACCGGAACGGUGAUAUCAUAUCACCAGCGACGCAAGAGGGCGUAUCACUCCCCAAGCGGUUAAGUGGUAUCCUCGACUCUGAAGCACCUCACAAUUGAACUCCAAGUCGGCGUCAGAUGUUGGAGAAUACAUCACCAAUCUCAUCCCCGAGACUUGGCCAACAUGUCCUUUUCGGUGUUUGCGCAAGAUCAUUUUGUACGAUGUUAGCUUUGUAAAUAAUGACCUUACGUACCGUGCGAAGAUUGAAGAGAGAAGCACAAGGCCAUGCAUAGGGAGGCGUUAGGUAUAUUUUUCGGAACUUGUUGCGAGACUCGGACCAGGAAUCGACAGCAGGG